AUGUGGUACUGGCUCUUCGUUGCGGUGGGUGCGCUCUACGCCGUGUACACCGCCCUCGCCCUGUCGCUCUCCCGGUUCCUCUUUGUGCCCCCGUUGGAAUGGCGAGACAAAAUCGACAAAGUGCUCAACUUCCCCAAGCCCAUCUACUUGAAAUGCGGCAUGAAACGGCUGCUGUACCGCCGCCGGUUAAUAUUGGCGUCGCAACAGCCGGCGUACUACACCAAUUACACCAAUAACCGCCUCAAGAUCUUCCCCGGCGACAAGGACAACCGCGACGAGUUCGUCCGGGAAAUGACCCGCCGCGCUCCCGACGACCCCCGCCGCCGCAUGAUCUACGGCUUCUUUCAUCCCUACGCCAAUAACGGCGGCGGCGGCGAGCGCGUGUUGUGGCAGGCGGUGAAGGCGACCCUCAUCGCCGACGACAAACACAUCGCCGCCAUCUACGUCACCAGCGACGCCAAGCCCCUCGAGAUCUUUGCCAAAGUCAGAGCAAAGUUUGGCAUAUCCGUCGACGAGGCCCGGUGCGUGUUCAUCUACUUGCGCCGGUUCAAUUCGUGGAUCGACCACUGGAAACAGUUUACGCUUGCCGGCCAGCUUGUGGGCAGUUUUUUACUUGGAGCGGAGGCGUUGUUUGAGCUUACUCCGGACGUGUGGGUCGACACCCAGGGGCUUCCCGGCCCCUACAUGGUGGUGGGGCUGAGGCUCCGCAUCCCCAUUAUCGCCUACGUCCACUACCCGGUGCUUCAAUCGGAUAUGUUUGCCAAGCUCCGCAUCAGGCGGAUGGCGGAGGUGUUUACUCACGGCUACGACGUCGCCGCCGUCGCCAAGUUCUGGUACUGGCUGGUGCUUUACUACACGUAUAUGAUCCUCGGGGCGCUGGUGGAGGUGACCCUCUGCAACGGCACGUUUACCUAUACUCAUUUGAAACAGGUGUGGCGCCUCAAUUCAUCGUCGGUGAUGGAAAUCGUCUACCCGCCGUGUGGCGAGAUGGCGAUGCCCGAAGGCAGCGACCGCGAGCCCAAGACCAACACCAUGGUGUACGUGGCUCAGUUCCGCCCGGAGAAGCGCCACGACCUCGUCGUCAGAGAGUACCACCGGUUCUUGCUGCAGGCGACCUCGAUAAAGCCCCUGGCCAUCCCCAAACUCGUGUUGGUGGGGCUGUGCCGCACCGAGUCCGACACCGCCACUUUGCACCUGCUUAAGGCGUUGGUCAAGGAGUUGGAGCUCGACGUCGAGUUCGCCGUCGACUGCAGCUACGAAGACCUCCAAGGGUACAUUGCCCGGGCUAAAUUUGGCAUCAACGCCAUGUGGAACGAGCACUUUGGUAUCGGGGUUGUCGAGUACAUCCACGGCGGGGCGGUGCCGAUAGUCCAUGCCCUGGGGGGUCCGUUCUUGGACAUUUGCCACGACCUGACGCUGUUGGAAAAGCCCUAUUAUCGCAACACUAAGGGGUAUUUCUUCAAGCUGGAAGAAGACCCCGACUUCGUCACCCUGGCCGACAACCAGCGCUACCCGCUGCUCAGCGACUUGUUGACGCAGAUCGUGGUGGAAAACCCGUCGUUGUCGCUGGAUGACCACCUCGACCUCAUGCGCCAGCUGGCGGCGAAGGACUUGUACAAGUUUGACGACAUCGAGUUCAAUAAGGCGUGGGUGCGCCACCUUACUUAUAUCGAUGCCCGCGAAAAGGAGUACCGCGUCACCCGUGGCGAUAUGGAAAUGGUCUACUAG